GAGGAAGCUCAGGGUUGCAGUAGUACAUCAGUCUUUUUUCUUUCCAUAACAAAGAAGAUCAUCAUCCAUCUUUUGUUUUUUUCUCUCUCCCCAAUUUCAGUUCAUUUCUGGCCAGUUGCAUGCAUUGUUCGUCUCCCAAAAUGGUUUGCGAGACUAAAAUCGUUGCAGACGAACACGAGGCCAUAGCUGGGACCAAAAAAGAUUCAAUUAUAGUUUCCUCCGCGCAAAUGUGGACGUCUUCUUCGCCUUCUCCCAGUGCGCUCGAGAGUAAGGUGGAAAAACGGGACCAGGUUUUUAUUCGCGAGUUUGAACGUUCAGACCAUAAAGAGGUGCGCCGGAUCUUCACCGAGGGAAUCAUGGAGCGGAUACCCAAUUCGGCAUUUCGGGGGCUAAAACAGCAAAUUAGAACCCAAUUUAUCUAUGCUUUUCUCACAGUAAUGUGCUAUGUUAUGACCAAAUCCCUCACACUGACCUUCUGCACACCGUUUAUUCUAAUGGGUGCACGUUAUUACUACAGCAGAAAAGUCGUUCUCAACUACCUGGACUGUGCUCUGCAUACUGAUAUGGCUGACAUCGAGUCAUAUUACAUGAAACCAACAGGCUCUUGUUUCUGGGUGGCAGUUCUGCAAGGCCAGGUUGUGGGCAUCGUGGCAGCGCAAGGCCGAGAAGACGACAACACCAUGGAACUCCGUCGCAUGUCAGUGGAUUCUCACUUCCGUGGAAAAGGCAUCGCCAAGGCUCUGGGUCGACGUGUUCUAGAAUUUGCCAUGUUAAACAACUACUCGGCCGUGGUUCUGGGAACAACUGCAGUCAAGAUGGCCGCCCACAAGCUGUACGAGUCUUUGGGUUUCCGGCGAGUGGGAGACACUGAGGACUACACGCUGCCUGGGAUGACCCGUUCACCGCUGGAGAGGCUCUUCUUCCAGAUUCGCUACAGCCGGUACCGAUUGCAGCUUAAUGAAGAGUGAGAGACAGAAAGUUAAAAUGAGCGCAGAAGAUAGAAUAUAAACGACGAUGCCGGCGACGACCCUGAACCACCCACUGACCCGGUCCUCUUCUUCUACCUAUUUAUUUAUAUUUUGGGUUUUUCCCUUUUUUUUUUUUAAAGUCAUAUCUGU